AUGUUACAAAUAAUUAUUUAAAAAUUUAUAUUUUAUAAAUAAAUUUUAACAAUAUAAAUAAAUCUAUAACUAACUUAAAAAUGCUUAUAAGUAAUUAAAUUCAAUAAACUAGAUAUUUUAUUGUUAAAGAGGCAUUAAUUUUAUGAAAAAUAUCAUCAAAAUAAGUUUAAAGUUGCCGAAGUAGUAACACAAGCUAUUUAUAUACUAUGCCUUAAAUAAUGCGGAUACCUUUUCUUAAAUAAUUUUACUUAAGAAUUGACAUAACUGAACGAAAAGAUUCGUUUUUUUAAGAAGAAAUUUGAUGAGAUUUAAAUAAUUAAAAAAUGA